ACGACUCAGUGUGACGAUACGGUUGCGAUAGGCACGAGUGCUGGCAACACGAACCAGAAUGACAAUGCGAUUGCUAUAGGGUACAAUGCCGGUCAGACGGACCAGAUGGGGUCAGCGAUUACCAUAGGGUCGGAUGCGGGGAAGGUGUCCCAGGGUAAUGGCGUUACCAUCGGAACCAUGGCCGGCCGUACCAGCCAAGGUACACACGCCGUCGCAAUAUGUGAGGGUGCAAUGUACGAAAACGGAGGGCAAUAUUCGGUGGCCGUAGGUAUGUCGGCGUGUUAUUCAGGAGACGGCGGAAACUGUGUAGCUAUAGGGCACGGAGCGCUUGAGUUUAACGGGGCGACAAAGAAGUACGUGGUCGCACUGGGUGCACUGGCAAUCAAUACGGUGUCGUCCAACAACACAAUUACAUUGAACGCAACGGCCGCGGACCUACCAAAUGCGGUACCCGAUUCGUUUAUGGUCAAGCCGGUCUGGAACGCGGCGGGACCCAACGCGCUAACGUACAACCCCGCAACAGGUGAAAUCACGUACACGACCUCGAGUCUGGACACCAAGGAAAACAUUAAGGAACAUUGGGGAG